AGUGAAAAUGGAUCUCUAGAGAAAUCUGAAGACUUGACUCAAAACAAAACAAACAUCUCUCUGUAGGGUUCAUCUGAGUCUCGAUCUCCUCCAUCUCUCAGUCUCAUCAGUUUUUGACAGCCUCCGGUUGACUUUUCGCCAUGGCAGAUGAAGAAGUUGUCGAUCCAAAGAAGUACCUUGAAGAAUCUUGCAAACCAAAAUGUGUGAAGCCACUACUCGAAUAUCAGGCUUGUGUCAAGAGAAUCCAAGGUGAUGACUCUGGCCAUAUGCAUUGCACUGGCCAGUAUUUCGACUACUACCAUUGCAUUGACAAAUGUGUUGCACCAAAGCUGUUUGCGAAAUUAAAAUGAUAAAAGUGGUGAAGCUGGAGACUCUAUUGUCUUGAUUUUCCUACAUGUGGUUGAAAAAUUGAUGUAUAAAAUGCAGUGGAUGUUGAACUUUUUUACUGCAAACCAGAUUGCCAAAAUGGCUCUGCUUCUCGGUUUUGUUUCCAUCGCAAGUUUGCGCUUAUUAUAUUUUUUUUUGUUGCUACAGACGUUGUUACUUCGCUACUUGAGUCACUUGCAUGCCUAAUAACAAGAUAUGUGCCUUUCUUUCU